CACUUCAUCUAACCUUCACGCUGCCCUGUGGGUUCCAAGAUCCGGAAAGGCUGCAGCCUCUCGUGACGUCACAAGGACGUGCCUAGUUAAAGCGAGAGCAGCUGCUUACUAGUCAGUCAGCUCGGCAGUAUUAUAUCGGCUACAGAUUAUAGCAAAGAAAAUCCAUAUGAAGUAAAGAGCAUCAGAAACUUGAAAGUAAUUAUCAGUAGAUCUGUUAAAAGAAUUUGAAUCUACCAGAUGCAAGCCCUGAAACCAAGCCUCCAAAGGCAGUGAAGACACUUAAUCAAGAGACAAGUUUUGGUGCUUCUCUGUUACAGGUUAUGGGUCCAGAUCAUAGCACCACUGGUAUCUGGUUCUGAGAAUCUCUGGAGAGAAAGACAUAGCAAAGCUGAAUAACAGCAACUUUCAGCUAUGGAAAGAGACCAGAAAACAAUCCUGAGGAGUGGGAUAAAAGAAACAGACAGGCUAAAGCAGUUAUUAGCCUACUGGUGGAAGAUGAUCAACUGAUUCACAUCAAGAAAGAAUCUACAGCAGAAGGACCUAAGAUUUUUACAUCAUGGGAGGAGCAGUUGUGGAUGAUGGGCCAACUGGCGUCAAGGCCCCAGAUGGUGGAUGGGGAUGGGCUGUUCUGUUUGGCUGUUUUGUAAUCGCUGGGUUCUCAUAUGCUUUCCCCAAAGCUGUCAGUGUGUUUUUUAAAGAAUUAAUUCGGGAGUUUGGGAUAGGAUACAGUGACACAGCAUGGAUAUCUUCUAUCUUACUGGCUAUGCUUUAUGGUACAGGCCCAAUUUGCAGCAUCUGUGUGAAUCGCUUUGGCUGUCGCCCAGUAAUGAUUGUUGGUGGUCUCUUUGCUUCUUUUGGAAUGGUGGCUGCUUCUUUUUGCACAAGUAUUAUCACAAUUUACCUCACUGCUGGGGUCAUAACAGGUUUGGGCCUUGCCCUCAAUUUCCAGCCUUCUCUGAUUAUGCUGAACCGAUAUUUUGAUAAGCGCCGCCCACUGGCAAAUGGACUGGCUGCUGCAGGAAGCCCUGUGUUUCUCUGUGCCCUGUCUCCUCUGGGGCAAAUUCUUCAGUAUAAGUUUGGCUGGCGAGGAGGCUUUCUUAUUCUGGGUGGACUGCUCCUCAACUGCUGUGCUUGUGGGGCUCUGAUGAGACCACUCAAACCUCCAAAGAAAGCAAUAGAAGUUGUGAAGGAGACCAAGGAAACAAAACCAAAGAAAAAGCUUCUUGAUUUCAGUGUCUUCAAAGAUCGAGGGUUUCUUAUCUACACUGUGGCUGCUUCCAUAAUGGUUCUUGGGAUAUUCGUACCACCUGUGUUUGUUGUAAGUUAUGCAAAAGACAUUGGUGUCCCAGACACAAAGGCAGCUUUUCUCCUCACCAUUCUUGGAUUCGCUGAUAUCUUUGCACGACCCACAUGUGGAGUAAUUACAGGGCUGAAAUGGGUUAGACCAUACGCUGUCUACUUAUUUGGAUUUUCUAUGAUCUUUAAUGGAUUCACUGAUCUGAUGGGCUCCAUGGCAGAUUCCUUUGGUGGAUUGGCUGUCUUUUGCAUCUUCUUUGGAAUUUCCUAUGGAAUGGUUGGUGCUCUGCAAUUUGAAGUACUGAUGGCAAUUGUUGGUACACAUAAAUUUUGCAGUGCUAUUGGGCUGGUGCUUUUAGCAGAAGCUUGUGCAGUGCUUGUUGGACCACCAUCAGCAGGGAAAAUAUUGGAUGCAACUGGGAAGUACAUGUUUAUAUUCAUUGUUGCUGGUGUCGAAGUCGUAUUAUCUGCUUUGGUUCUCACUAGUGGAAACUUCUUCUGCAUUAAGAAAACUGUAGAGAAACCGCAUCAUAAAGACAAUGCAGAAAUAGAAGAACUUAAACUUGAUGGCACAGCUCCAGAAAAUUCCAAAGUGGGUUCUGCAGAAGUGGAGCAUUUCUUGAAGGAUGAAAAGGAGCAGAAUGGAGAAGUUGUGACUAGUCCUGAGACCAGUGUUUGAACACUCUGAGCUUUAGGAUAUUCUUGGGCUAGAAGGUUUAGGACUGUGCCAAUCAUCAUGGACUGUUUAACUGGACCUGAACAUUGACUUUUAUUGUUGAAAGAAACACUGAGUUGCAUAGUAACAUUUGGGGGGGGGGUAAAACAGUUGGCAUAGUCUAUUAACCUAUGACAGCCAUUGAGCUGAUUGCUGUCAUUUUAUCUGCACUAGAUUGAUAUAAAAUGGUGACUGGCUGCUAUUUGAUUUGCAUAUUUUAGUACAUAAUCCAGUAAGAAUCAAAGGUCAGACGAAGCAAGUUGGCUGUAUUUAGUGAUGCUUCUCUGUAAAUCUGGGGAGGGGGGUGUAAACCAUUUUAGCUUUUAUUUUUGGAGAGAACUCAAGUACAACCAACUCUGCAUGAAACGAACAGGACUUAUACAUCCAUUUCAGAGAGGACUAAAGAUUAGCUAAAAAGUUUGAGCUAAACCUAAUGCACGGUGUUUUCAUUAACGCAAUCCUAACUGUUACAUGUGUAUGUGUGGGGUCCCCCCUAGUCAGUGUGUUAUUUAUGGAGAUUGUUAAUUAUGAUUUAAGGGUUUUAUUUGGCAUUGAACUGAAAAGUUGUUAAAUGAGAUAAAUCUUGUUUUUUUUCAAUAUUCAAA